AUGCAGGUCCGCUGGGACGCAGCCCCUCAAGAUUUAACCGAGCAGGAGUGUGCCAUCCGCGAGUUUGCAGAGACGCAUCGCGCGGGUAUCUAUUGUGCGUGGGGCAGUAUCGAGGAGGGCGUCGGAGGUCAAGUGGUCCACAAGGUGGCGAUGAGUAUGGGCUGGAACCCAACAUUCAGCGAUGUUCAAGCAAAGACCGUGGAACCUUGGAUUCUUCAAAGAUUCGACCAAGACUUCUAUGGUUGUCACCUGCGUUUGCUCGUGUUGGCUUACAUCCGGCCAGAGCUGAAAUUUGAAACCACCGAGCAGCUCAAGCGAGAGAUUGCUGCGGACGGUGAGUUUUGUGCGGCUGCUUUGGGCUCUGAACUGCUUGCGUUCCAGGCCGAUCCUUUCCUGCACAGCUGGCCGAGUCCUGCGAAUCCUAUCAAGCUUGAGCCUGUUCCGAUGCUUGAAGGAAUCAUCGUCAGCACAUCCCUAACGAAAGCUUUGCAGGAACUCGCGCCUGCUCCGCCAGGACACGUUCGCCUGUUCCUUGCCCGCCAUGGUGAGACAACCGCCAACGAGAAGGGCCUGCUCUGCGGCGGUGACCACGAGUCAGACUUAAACAGCAAUGGAGAAAAGCAAGCCGAAGAGCUGGCUCAGGAACUUUGCACGCUGGUGGCUCCAGACAUAAUCGGCUCAUCCUCGCAGCGGCGAGCUGUGAGAUCGGCAGAUCUUGUAGCCCGUUGCUUUCCAACAUCGACACGCCUCGUGGUGGAUGACCUGUGUGAAAUGCGCUAUGGCCUGCUGGAAGGCGCUGUUAUUGCGGACGUCGGUGUUGAGAUGAAAUCGAUUGCAAAAGCAUGGCGCGAUGGCAAUCUGGAGGAGCGGGUUGGCGGAGAUCGCGGCGAGAGCCCGAAGGACUUGGUCGAUCGUGUGGUCCGUGCUCUGGGCAAAAGUUUACACCAGCAAGAAGGCAAGGCCGUGCUGCUUGUUUGCCAUUCUUGGGUAAACAAGGCACUGAUCGCCUUGGUUGCGCCUGGCAUGGGGUUGCAGAAGCUGCUGGAUGUACCUCAACGGAACUGCGCCGUCAACGUCAUUGAUGUAGAUUGCCGGCACGCAGAUCUUUCACCAAGCCACUUCCGAGUAUUGGCGGUUGAUUUGGUAGCUGGAUCUCGGGCGAGGAUUUAA